AUGUUUAGCCAGAACAAGGGUGCAGUUGCUCAUGGCCUUCGGCUGCAGCCGCUGCUAAUCGCAGCCAUACUCACCGCCUCGGUGGCAUUGGCCACGCCGGGUGGCGGUGGUCACCAGUUGCUGCCCCCCGGGAACCACAAGCUCUGCGGUCCCGCGCUGUCCGAUGCCAUGGAUGUGGUGUGUCCACAUGGUUUUAAUACGCUGCCAAGGAAACGUGAAAGCCUUCUCUCCAACAACAAUGAUGCCAACAUGGAGAUGGAGGUGGAGAUGGAGGAUGAUGGCAUGUGGCAAACGCUGGACGGGGCUGGCUACUCCUUCAGUCCGCUGCUGACCCAUCUGUACGGAUCCGAGGUGCUGAUCAAGACGCGUCGCCACAGGAGACACCUGACCGGUGGCGUCUACGACGAGUGCUGUGUCAAGUCCUGUAGCUACGAGGAGCUAGCCACCUACUGUCUAGCGAAAUAG